CCGACCCAGAAAAAGUCAGACUGGGGUGUGAGAGCCACAUCUGGAAUAGUAGCGACAGAGGAAGGCGAGUCGAGAGGAGCACAAUCAUUUUCUCAACUUUUCCCCCCUCUCUUGCUCUCUACGGAAAACCAACUUUUGACUUUUUAAAUACUUGAAAAUGCUGCUCAUCUUGCUUGGAGUGCUCCUCCUGCACCUCAUCAUCCUCAUCCUUCUCAUUGUGUCAACAGCAGCCAGCGCCUGGUCUGUAGGUGGCGACACAAGCACAGAUCUGUGGUACAACUGCCUGACCAGCAAUGGAGGCUACCAGUGCAGCCCAGCCAGCAAUGAAGACUGGAUCCAGGCAGUGCAAGCCCUCAUGAUCCUGGCCGUGCUCUUCUGCUUCUUCUCCCUCAUCGCUUUCGUAUUCCAGCUGUUCAGACUGGUGAAGGGCGGACGCUUCUUCUUCACGGCCAUCUUCCAGAUCUUGGCCAGUCUGUUUGUGAUGUGCGGGGCCAUCAUCUAUACGGUGAUGAGGGCGGACAACGUCCCCGGCUUAGAGUUUGGCUACGCCUACGUCCUGGCCUGGGUAGCGUUCCCGCUCUGCCUCAUCAGUGGCCUCAUCUACAUUGUGCUGAGGAAGAAGGAAUGAGAAUGAAGAGCCUGGGGGAAGGAGGAGGAGGAGGAAGAAGAGGCGUCGCACUGUGCCUACUGCCCACAGACCAACACAGACUGACAUCAUCACUACCACACAACAAGCGUGCACGUGUCCCUGAUCAUCGUAAAACACACACACACACACACAUUUUGAGUUGUUGAGCUGACACGUCGAACUUGUUGUUGCCACGCAAAUAUACACCCUGCAGCGUGACGAGCAAAGACCCUCAAGAUGUACAUAGCGUCUGUGGUUUUUAGACAUAUUUAUAGCAUUUUUACAUUACAUGUUGUACAUAGUGUUGUGUUAACAUUGUCUCCCUCAUUAUUAAGAGUGUGUGUCUCCCACACAACAUGCAGCUGUGCCAAAGAAUUGUCGCUUCAUCAGCCAGAUAUUACGCCUUUUUUUGUUGCUGUUUUUUGUUUCAUAAUGUGCCUUAACUUCCUGAAGGAAUUGACAAAACUAUUGAAUCAUGAAGUGUCUUCAUUAUGUUUGCUGAAUUAUAUUACUUGAUAUUCAAAAUAAAAAAAAUGUUGCAUUUUGUAUCCUAGUUUUGAUAAAAUGGUGCUUUAAAAAAUUGUAUACCCUCUUUGCUGUUUGUGUAUAUCUACUUUGUGUGUUGUGUCCUUUGAUGAAUUUGCUUUGUACAAGCACGAAGUUUCAAAUAUUGUUUCAAAAUAAACCUUCCCUUGACAAUAAUAAAAGAAAAAAACACUUGGAUAAAA